AUGGCUUCCACAACCCAAAUCCUCCUCAUCGGCGCCGGCGAACUAGGAACUGCCUUCUUACCCCACUUAUCCGCUUUACCACAUACACACGUUACUGUUGGGGUACGUACACCGGAGAAGUACAGCCAUCUAUCGUCACUCACCGUCUCACUUCUCCCUCUCGACAUAACCGGUCCCUCCGAAGUCCUCUCCCAGACCUUCGCCAAUUAUGACAUAGUCAUCUCGGCAACUGGUUUUGGCCAGUCGACUGGCACUCUUCUCAAGCUUGCGAAGGAAAUCCUUGACGCUGGACUGCUGCGAAAGAAGUCGAGUCAAUCCAGGCUUUGGUUUUUCCCCUGGCAAUGGGGCGUCGACUACGACAUUACAGGUGACGGGCAAGGCUUGAUGCCCCUCUUUGGCGAGCAGGCCGCCGUACGUAACCUGUUAAGAGCCGAGGCCGAUGGAAACAAUGUGAAGUGGACGAUUGUGUCGACAGGUAUAUUCAUGAGCUUCUUGUUUGAGCGGUUCUGGGGGAUCGUUGAAAGGGAAAGAGGAAGCGUUACUGUGCGAGCGUUGAGAAACUGGGAGCACAAAAUCACUGUAACGGACGUUUCAGACAUCGGAAGGAUCCUGGCUCGAAUCGUAUCAGGCGACGUUGACGCGGAAAACACUGUUGUGUACGUCGCUGGGGAUACAGUUACGUACGAGGAGCUGGCUGGUAUCGUGGAGCGUGUCGCCGCAGGGAAGGAGGUCAAGCGGGAGACUUGGAGCAUUCCACAAUUAGAAGCCGAGCUUGCGAAGGAUCCGAACGAUCCUAUCAAGAGGUAUCGCUUAGUAUUCGCAAGAGAUGGUGUUUGGUGGGACAAAGAGCGAACGGUAAACCAUAAACUUGGCAUGCCGGUCAUCGACGUGGAGAAGUACGCAAAGAAGUUAUUUACAACAUAA